GUGAGACUUAGGCACUUAAACCUUGUUCGCCAUGCAAAUCACCAUCCGGUCGCUGAAUGGCGAGAGUGCAGAGCUUGAUGUUGAGCCCAAUACCACCAUCCUGGGCCUUCGACGCUUUGUGGAAGAGGCUCUGAAGAUCCCGGCCGCCGAGCAGCGACUCAUCUACGCUGGCACCCAGCUGGAGGAGCGCGUGACCCCCGCGUGGCGACAGCGCCGGAGCUCGGGAGCUCUGUCAGCGGCACUGGGUUUGGCCUCGCUGCCCGAUGGUGCCGAGCUCACCUUGGAGCACUACGGGAUCCAGAAGGGCUCCGUGUUGAACGUGGUGCGGAAAGUCUCCGUGCCCUCCAGCGCCUGUGGGGAGGAGCUUCCAGAGGGAACUUCUUGUGCUCAAGACGAGCGACAGCGCCCCAGCUUGGCUCAAUUGGAAGAGCUCAACGACUUGGAGCUCCUGGUGCUGCUCCGGCCCUUGCUCCGCCAGCGCCCCACCCUUCGCGCGGCCCUCCUCGCCGAGGCCCCGGGCGGAGAAGGUCGUCUGGCGCCGAAGCCACCGGCCGCGCCCGCGGCGCACGCGGAGCCUCCCUGGUGGCCGGGGGAGCGGUGCUUGGUGUGGUCGAACAGCGCGCAGCGCUGGUGCAGCGGCUCGGUGCUGGCCGUGGCGUCGGAGGCAACGGAGAAGAUUCCCAGUGGAUCCGUGGAGGUCUCCUUCGAGCUGGGCCGCAAGUGGAUCGCGCCCGCGGACUUGGCCAAAGCGCUGAGACGCUGAGAAGGGUUGCGGGAACAAAAGGGAACGAAGC